AUGGCUGCCGACCCUCGAAUCACCACUCUGGUCCAAUGGGCUUCGAGCCACGGGGCCGUCCUGAACAACCACCUCGAGGUCCAUGACGACCCCGUCACGGGCUUCUCGUUCCGCGUCAAGGACGGCCACGCCCUCCCCGCCUGGGAGACGGUCGUGAGCCUGCCGACGUCCCUGUCACUCUCAUACCUCAAUGCCGUCUCGCAGGGCUGCUUCCACCCGGAGCUCGUCUCCAGGACGCCGCCGCACGUCGUGGGCCGCCUGUUCCUCGUCAGGGAGUACCUCCGCGGCAGGGACUCGUUCUGGUGGCCGUACAUCCAGGCGCUGCCGCGGCCAGAAGAGAAGGCGAGCUGGGCGCUGGCGCCCUUCUGGCCCGAGGACGAGGCGGAAUUGCUGGAGGGGACGAACGUCGAGGUUGGGCUGGAGAAGAUCCGGCGCGACGUGAAGAGGGAGUACGAGGACGUCACGGCCCUGCUGAAGCUGCACCACGCCGACAAGGAGGGGGACUUUGUCCGCGCUGUGACUGUGCAGCUGUACCAGUGGGCGUACUGCAUCUUCUCGAGCCGGAGCUUCAGGCCCAGCCUCGUGCUCUCCCAAGCGGCGACCGAGACCCUACCCGCGGGCGUCAAGAUGGACGACUUCUCCGUCCUGCUGCCGCUCUUCGACAUUGGGAACCACGACAUGACGGUCGAGGCGCGCUGGGAGCUCAGGCAGGGCGGCGGCAAGGACGCCUGUGAGCUGAGGGUGGGGAGGGAACACGGGGCGGGCGAGCAGGUGUUCAACAACUACAGCAUGAAGACCAACGCGGAGCUGCUGCUGGGGUACGGGUUCAUGGUCCCCGCGACGGAGGGCUUGCACAACGACUACACGCACGUGCGGAAGAGGACGGCAGCGCCCGCGACCUCGGGAGUCACUGCGGACCCGGGGGAGUACUACAUCUCGCGGCGGCCCAUGGACGACCCGAGCUCGCUGCUCGGGCGGAAUAGGCAGGCUCUCGUGGUCGAGCUGCCGGCGGGGAGGCCCAUGCUGGGGGCUUUCCGGCAUGUGCAGCCGGACAUGGUGUGGGAUAUCUUUUGCACGCUGGCGGAGAGCCAGGGGACGUCUGCCGCGGAGCUGAUUUCGACGGAGGAGGGGGUGGUGGAAGGGGAGCAGCAGCGGGAGAGGCAGCGGAAGCUGUUCAGCGGCGCGGUGGAUGAGGAAUGCGGGCCGUUCCUGGAGCAGACGGUGGCCAUCAUCCAGCACAAGAUGCUGCAGGAGCUGGAGCGCCUCGAGGAGACCGAGGUGGAGAUCGUGGGAGGGGACGAGGACGAGCUGAGUGGGAACCAGAAGCUGGCCCUGGAGUAUAGGAGGCGUUGCCGUGCUGUUCUGGAGAACGCCCUGGAGGCCAUGGAGACUGAUAUAGAGUAA